AUGGAACCAAGAAAUUAUACACAAAUUUCAGAAUUUCUUCUUCUAAGACUUUCAGAGUAACCAGAAUUGUAACCCCUAAUAUUUGGGGUUUUCUUCUUCACGUACCAAUUCACUGUGUGUGGAAGCCUGCUCAUCAUCCUGGCCACUAACACAGACUCCCACCUGCACACCCCCAUGUAUUCCUUCCUCUCCAACCUGUCCUUUGCUGAGAUCUGUUUCACCUCCACCACCAUCUCAAAGAUGCUGGUGAACAUUCAGACACAGAGCAAGAUCAUCACCUAUGCAUGCUGCAUCACCCAGGUGUUCGUUUUUCUUAUAUUUGUAGCAUUGGAUGACUUCCUCCUGACUGUGAUGGCUUAUGACCAGUAUGUGGCCAUCUGUCACCCCCUUCACUACACGGUCAUCAUGUCCCCCUGGGUAUGCAGAAAGAUGGUUCUGGCUUCCUGGAUUAUGUGUGUACUGUAUUCCCUGUUACACAGCUUAAUGUUUUUGUGGCUGUCCUUCUGUUCAAAUUUGGAAAUCCCCCACUUUUUCUGUGAACUUAAUCAGGUGGUCCACCUUGCCUGCUCUCACACCUUUCUUAAUGACAUGGUGAUCUAUUUUGCAGCUGUGCUGCUGGGUAUUGGUCUCCUCACUGGGAUUGUUUACUCUUACGGUAAGAUAGUUUCCUCCAUUCGUGCUAUCUCAUCAGCUCAGGGGAGGCACAAAGCAUUUCCCACCUGUACCUCUCACCUCUCAGUUGUCUCCUUAUUUUAUUAUACAAGUCUAGGAGUGUACCUUAGUGCUGGUGCUACCCACAGCUCACUCUCAAGUACAGCAGCUUCAGUGAUGUACACUGUGGUCACCCCCAUGCUGAACCCCUUCAUCUACAGUAUGAGGAAUAAAGACAUAAACAGGGCUCUAAAAAUAUUCUUUGGAGGGAAAUUGUGA